AGUUUAAAUAAAACACUCCAAUUAAAAUGAGUACAUCUACCUGUGAAAUCGAUGCUGAAUUAGUACAAAAGAUCAAGGACUUUCGAUUUGCUAAAUACUCUAGCGGAAACGCUGCUUUCGUCUUGCAAAUUGAUCGCAAGACAUUAAAGAUUGUGGAGGAUGAAGUAUACGAUGAUAUUUCCUUAGAAGACUUAGUUGAAGAAUUACCCGAGAAUACACCACGUUUUAUUAUCCUGAGUUAUGAGUUAAAACAUGAUGAUGGAAGAGUAAAUUUCCCCUUGAUCUUUAUCUACUGGUCUCCCUCUACUGCCAAAGCCGAAGUUAACAUGCUGUACGCUUCCGCAAAGACAUACCUCCAAGAGAAAAUCAGUGUGAUGAGAGAUUUUGAUAUUCGUGAUCCUGAAUCCUUCACUGAUGAAUACCUUGCAAAGCAACUCUAAUUAUCCACGACAGCCGCAGGAGGCUUUCUCUCCCAUAUCUAAAUAGUAAUAUAAGUAAAAUUUUUGAUGCCUAUUUUUCCUUUUUUA